AUGGGUGCCAGCUCCGCCAGUGCCAUCAACAUGAUGGACACGAUGGACGAUCACGUCUACUGUAACUCGACCACGGUUACGGUGGCCACCCCCGUCACCGUGACUUCGCCGAGUGCAGUAACGACGUCUAUGACUACGACGACGGUGGCAUCGUCCCUAGGCGUACCGAAGCCGGCCGUAAUGGCUCAACAACCAUGCCCUCAUGAUGAUGGCAGCGAGAACCACUAUCAACAAUCGUCACCCUCGCAGUACUCGCCGUCACCGUCUUCACCCGUUCCAUCGAUACCGGCGUCUCCCAGACCAUCCUCCCCAGUACCAACCGCGUUGGUACCGGUAUCAUCGGUACGUUCUUCCCCGUUGCCUUCGAUGGAAGACGAACCGGUCCUGAUAGAAGAUGACGAUGCGGAGCCCGACGCAGAGCUUGAGGAUAACGAACAGGAGGAAUACGAUGAGGCCGAGAAUGAACCUGAGGAGGAUUUCGAAAACGAUUUCGAAUACGAAGAAGAUGAGAAUGAGAACGAGGAUGCGUAUGACCACGGGAGUAACAAUGGCGAAAGGGACGAAGAAAUUCUUAACAUUCCCUCGGAUAGCGGAGUUCUAACGGACGAUCAGCAAGGAGAUGAACACGGUGACGCCAGCAGUUCCAGCCAGCUAGAAUUGAUGGCCGACAAGCGGGAGGCCAAACAGCUGCAGUCGAUACUGCUGCUGCACCUUGACCUGAUCCAGGAGCAAGGCGACCAGAUAUUGAGCAAGGACAAGAUGAUCAACCGGUUAAAGGACGAAAAUGAUAUGUUAAAACAUCAGCUUGACGUCGCCAAUCGGAAUGUUUCGAUGAUGAUUCUGCAACUACGACAAAGCGGGAUCCCGUUGCCACUAGAAGUACAGCAGCUAUUGCCGCAGCGACCGAAACAGGAAGGCACCGUGUCACCGCUAACGAUCCGAAGGCAAAUGGAGAAUGGACGAUUGAAAUCGAUCAUCUUAAAAAACUCCGCAUCGCCUCCUUUUGUUUCGUCCACCAUCGCGGAUGGGCCCAUAUUCGGGCCCUGUCUGCCGAUCCGCAACUCGGAGGUGAGCAGUACUGUUUCGCCAAUCAAGGAGGAACUGACGGAUGAAAUUGUACUGCAACCAGAGGCAGUACAAUCACCUUAUUACGAUGCUGGGGAUGACGAUGAGGAUGAAGACGCAAAAACGGAAAAUAACGAAGUUGACGGAGAAAUUUUUCUCAACUAUUCCAAAUCCGACGAUGACGAAUCUCUUUCGGCCGGUACGAACUAUGAUUACCAGGAAAAUGAAGAAGAUGCCCAGGACGAAUUGUAUAAAGAUGAGCAACAGCAGGACCAACAACUUCAGCAGCAGCAACAGCUCCUUUUACUCCAACAACAACCGCAUGCGGUAUACCAAAAUUACGAUGGUUUGCAGCACGAAACGAUGGAAGAAGCCGACUACGAAUCAAACGGAGUGGGUGAGGAAGACAGCCCGAUGCCAUACGCUAGUGAUGAUCAAUGCGCGUACGAUGGCGCACCCAUGAUGCUCGACGUGAAUGCCGUCGAAGUUGCCAUGGAAACCAACUCACCCAUUUCCCAGGAGUCUCAAGAAUCGCAAGAUUCACAAAUAUCGCAGGAGUCGCAAGAUUCGCAACAAUCGCCGCAGCAUGCAGCGGUGGGACCCGGCAUGGCAGUGAACGUUCCGUUUGUAGAGAGCACGGUGGGUAGCGAAGGCGACGAACAAGCGGAGGAUGAUGAUUGCAAGGAAAGCGAAGAUGAUGUCGGCAUGGCACAGGCUGCUCAGUCAACGAAGGUAACCAAGGGCAACGGUCGGAAUACCAUGGGAACGGCAUUCGGAUGCAGCGCGUCGGGGGAGGGCAGAGUGAACGAAAGGGAAAAUCGUGAUGGCAGUGGUAGUGGCCCACGCCAGUUUAACCCCACGGUACACUGUCCAUCAGGGAACUCGUCCGAUGGUAGCAUGGCACCCAAACGCAGCAACAAACACACCCCUGCGUACAUGGUCACACAGAAGCAGUACGUUAGUUGUAGCUGGAAGGAUGACGCUAUAACGGCCGAGCUGGAAAAACUGCUCUCAAAUGAGGCGGCCGAGCUAGAGAUUCCCUCGUGGACCGUUGUCGAAGAACAAGACGACGAGGAAGAUCUAUCGACGGGCGGACGAGAUCGACAAGGGUCGGGCUCGUUCGCCGAUGACGAGUCCGUGUCGGCGAGCGAGCCCUCGCGCGAAAACAUCAGCGACGAAGCGUACAUGAAGCGCCACACAAAGCUAGAAAUCGACGAGCGGCGUCGUAAGAAGUGGGACGUGCAGCGGAUACGGGAACAAAAGAACAUCGAGCGGCUUAAGAAGCGCCAGCUGAAGGACCAACCAUCCGAGCAGGAGGCACAAAAAGCGAUCACCUCACUGUACCCGACGGUCGAGACGCUCAAGUACAUCCAGGUCACGGAUGACAUGCCGGUGCAGGCCUUUGGGGAGCUCAUACCGAUGCUCCCGUCGACCGGUGGGUUCUCGCUACCUUGGCACCAGCUGAAACCGGGCCCUUCCUUCGCCAAUCCUGCAUCCUCCUCCAGUGGCCUGCUGCAUCAUCACGUGCCGCCUUUACCGGGUCCUUCUGGGAGCGGCAGCACUGGCAUAGGCGUUUCCGCGGUUGGCGGUAUGCUGCACGAGAUGAAAACCAAAUUCCUGCACCGACUGGCCCCGAGCAUGCAGGCGCAAAAGCAACGAUUCACCAAGCGAAUCAAGAAGGACCUUUAAAUCGGUGGACGGGUACACCACCGAUGCAGGCUAAACAGUGUGAUGUCAUCUUUUUUUUUAUUAAUCGCUACAUAGUUUUAUAAUACAAACAAUUUUUAUCUCUUACCGUAAGGACAUCGUGGCGCGAGCUCCAUGUGAGAUCGCCAUCAACCAGAGUACAUUUAUCCGAGUUUCCAUCACUGCACUAAGGCCCCAAAGGAAAUGUAGUUUUCCUUUUGUUGUAUCUUUUUAAUUUGAGUUAAAAAAUUUGGGGCCACAUCCCCUUCCCCUUCCUCUCCCAGCUGCGUCUGUUGUAUAUGUAUGUGCUUUUCGUCGCUGUUACGUGUGUCACGUAGAUUGAGGAAAUGUUACGUGUAUGGAUGGAAACUUUUCUGUACUAACAAGAAGGGAUGGGCUUGAUGGAAUGGAAGGCAGAUUGUGU